AUGACACUUGUUCACUCCAUUCUCUGUUUUCCUUUUGUCACGAGCCGCAAUACCAAGAAUUGUUCUAUCAGUAAUGAGUUUAUUCACAUCGAUCAAGAUUUAGAUUUGGAGCAAGGUAGAAAUCCAAAUUUAACCAAACGGUCGGAUUUUGGUUACAUCUAUACCCUUAAUUCAUCUACAAUUAGCCUAAGUGCAGACAUUGACCUAGGAUCCAAUCUGGUUACCCAAGAACUUCUAUCAAGCUCUGCUGUUGCUAUUUUAUCACACAUCUCAUACAACGAAACGAAUUCUACUUUACUACUACAAGGAUGGAUCAGCCCCACGAACAGGUUUAAAAUUCAACAGCUGGACAAUAUCGUGCAUCUCGAACUACGCACCUACUCCUAUGAUGAAAAGAACCAUCAAUGGUUCAGCAAGUUCUUUAGUGAUACCAGGAUUACAGGUCGAAUCCAACGCACCAAUACUGAUCAAACUCAGCAAGACAACUCCCAGCAACUUGUGUUAGAACUCACGCCUUAUGAUGCACCCAAUGAGCAUCUUCAGAUCGUAUCGUCUGCGUCCGGCGAAGGCCAGUGGAUCGACUGGAACUCGUCCUGUAAUUUUAGCCCUCAAAAACGGUCCGAUCAGAGCAUACAGGAAAUCAUGGACGCUGCCAUCUUGCUUUAA